AUGCAUACACCCAAAUCACAAGUCAAUUUCUUACCGGCCUCAGAUGUCAUCAGUGCACUGCAAAAUAUUCUAGCGCAUUCACAAGUAAUCAUACCAGACCUCGAAACACCAUACUCUCAACCCGAAUUGCGCAGUACCAACUACUUUGCCGUGAAGUUCAAAGACCAGAGCAUCAGCACCAUCGUCACCGAACGCCACCAGCAGUUGAAUGCGAUUUUGGUCGAGAUCUCAAACUUGAAAACAGUUAGCGGUAGUAUCAAAAAGCUUCACCGGCAACUCAUCAAGCAGAAGGACAACAUCAUCAAGUCCAUUAAUCUGCACAACCGACUCAGAUCGGCACUCUGGCGCUUGCCAACUGAAAUCCUGUCCCGAAUUUUUCACCUUUGUCUCCCGGACGUUCCGAGACUUGAUAAAUUGCAGCCGCUAUCACAACUAACAGCUCCCACACUUUUGACCAGAAUAUGCCGAGGAUGGAGGGAGGUUGCUAUGGGCAUACCUAGUCUAUGGUGCAGGUUGUCGCGGUCACGAGGACUCCCGCUCUCGUUAGCAUUCGAUUGCUUCGAAAAUAAUUCGACCAAGCUACGAAGCCUUCUUCGACCUUACAUGAAUCAAAUCUCGUCUCUUUAUGUUUCCCAAGGCGCGGAACAACUCGAACUUUUGUUUAAAGACCUCCCAGCACUUCAAGAGCUGACCAUUAUAUCUUCAAGGCAUUGGUCACCUACUGAACGGUGCAUCUCGCGGCUACCGUCUACUCUAAGUGGUGUGACAUUCUUAGGAAUGUGGUUUAACCUCGCAUUCUUGUCUUCUUUCGCACCCAUAUGGGCCCACCUGAUGAAACUCGAGAUCUACGUAGAUCAGCGGGAUGCAUUCAACCACCUGCUCCAACUAUGUCCCAACCUUUCCUCAUUAACGAUUGCCGUGGGCACAGUAUCCCCCCAAAUCCAGGCAUUGGAGCCAUUCACGCACACCAAACUUCGAUUCUUGCGCAUCCCUACUGCCAUUUGGCCCAGAAACAAGAUAUUUAACGUGCUUGAUGGUCUCUCGCUCCCUAAUUUACGGACACUUGACGUCCGCAGUGCACCAACGUGGCCUCAUAAGGACAUCAAGGCAUUUCUGGGACGAUCAAAGUGUCCCCUGGAGACCCUGGUUUUGGAAGCUCGAAUGAUGUUGACAGAUUGGCAGCUAGCGGAAUGUGUUGCCCUUAUUCCUUCCUUUAAUGUUGUAGUGUCAUGA